AUGCCCGUGACGCUGUACUACUACACGGGCUGGGACCAGUGCCUGCUCCAUGGCUGCCCCAAGGGAGAGAGCGCCUGGAGAGACAUUCCCUUCAAGGAGGGUCGCAAGUGGAAGGAGCUGAGCUUCGAGGCCGAUGGCGUUGAGUUCGUGGUCUGCGACACCGCGAAGGCGUCCUGGGACCAUCCGCCGGACUGGUACGGCAAGGCGAACUACUUGAUCACGGAGCCCGGCAGCUACUCCUUGCGGAACGGGCACCUCCGAAGGGUGCGGGAGAAGAAGGUGCUGGUGGUGACUGACCUUGAUCACACGCUUAUUGGCCACGAGAGGGAUCCCGAGAACCACAUUCUGGAGGAGUUCAAGGCCACCUGGCUGGGGGAGUACGCGCCCAACGGCUCGGCGCUGGCCUACUCCACGGGCCGGAACAAAAGCAUGGCCCUGGAUGUGGCAAAGGAGCGGGGCUUGCCGCGACCAGAGCUGAUGAUUUGCGGCGUGGGCACGGAGGUCUACGCGAUUCCAGACAACUUGCCCUUGAUGGGUUGGUGGGAGGCCGGCGAGAGCCUAGAGCUGACACCCGAGUGGAGGGAAAAGGUUCUGAACGGCUUCUGCCGCAAGACGCUGGAGGAGACACUGACGACCAAGUUCCCCAAGUUUGAGGUCCGCGGCACACCGGAGGCGGAUCCCUACCGCAUCCCUACGGCUUAUCAGAUGGAUGAGGACUUUGAGCAGCAGAAGAAGUUGUUGCAAGAGGGCUUGGGCGCCAGCUACCAGGUGAUCUCCUCCGGCCACGGGGAAUGGAAGCUCGUGGACGUGUGCGGCGCGGAGGCGGGCAAGGGCAAAGCUCUCCAGUUCGCCAUGCGCACACUGGGCUUUGAACCGUCACAGACGCUGGCCUGUGGGGACAGUGGCAACGAUGAGCUGAUGUUCAGAUGUGACGGCGGCUAUGGGGUGAUGGUGGCCAACUCGUUGCCGGAGCUGGUCGAGGCCAUGAGCGGCCAUUCGGAGGGGGAGCUGGUGAAGGGCAAGACGUUCAAAACUCGGCACGGCUGCACCAUGCUCUUUGCCAGCAAGGAGGUUGCGGCAGGCAUCGUGGAGGCCUUGUUCCACUUUUGGCCCUGA